UUCCUGCAACCCUGAGUCUACAGUCUCAAAAUCUCACUCUCCAAUAUCUGUCUCUCAACCCUCGUUUCUCACCCUUCCCCCACUCUCCGUCUCUCAACCCUCGCCUUGCCGCCCUUUCCUUCUCCUUGCCUUGUCUCUGCCUCCUCCCGCGUCGCCGUCACCGUCACCGUCUCGAUGAUCUCUCUCUGCCUUUGUUUCUCAGUUGCUGCUCUGACUCAUUGCCAUUCCUAUCGCUGAGAACAGUCUCUGAGUCAUCACCAAUCAACAUGUCUCUUGGGUACGCAGAGAAGCUUUCCUACAUAGAAGAUGUCGGCAACGUUGGAAUGGUUGAGCAUUUCGAUGCUUCUCACCUUUUGAGAGAAAAAAUAGAGCGGCUUGCCAUCAUGAUUAAAAAGAGUAAACACUUGGUGGUCUUCACGGGUGCAGGAAUAUCAACUUCUUGUGGUAUACCCGAUUUUAGAGGUCCUAAGGGAAUUUGGACGCUUCAGCGUGAAGGUAAAGCCUUGCCUGAAGCAUCACUGCCAUUUCAUCGAGCGAUGCCAAGUUUGACUCAUAUGGCUCUAGUUGAACUAGAAAAGGCUGGUAUUUUAAAGUUUGUUAUCAGUCAGAAUGUUGAUGGUCUCCAUCUUCGAUCUGGAAUACCAAGGGAGAAACUAGCUGAGUUGCAUGGGAAUUCUUUCAUGGAAACAUGUCCUUCUUGUGGGGUUGAGUACUUUCGUGACUUUGAGGUAGAAACUAUUGGUUUAAAGGAGACAUCACGACGCUGUUCAGAUGAAAAAUGUGGAGGAAGACUCAGGGAUACAGUCCUUGACUGGGAGGAUGCAUUGCCUCCAAAGGAAAUGGAUCCUGCAGAGAAGCACUGCAAACAGGCAGAUAUAGUGUUGUGCUUGGGGACAAGUCUGCAAAUAACUCCUGCAUGCAACUUGCCUUUGAAAGCAAUACGUGGUGGGGGUAAAGUUGUUAUUGUAAAUCUUCAGAAAACUCCGAAGGACAAAAAAGCUGCUUUAGUCAUUCAUGGUUUUGUAGAUAAGGUAAUUGCAGGUGUCAUGGACCAACUUAACCUGCAGAUUCCUCCUUUUAUAAGGAUUGAUCUUUUCCAGAUUAUCAUAAUGCAGGGUUUGAGCCUUGAUAAAAGAUAUGUGAACUGGACUCUCCAAGUUGCAAGUGCUCAUGGACAGAAAGCAACAUUGCCUUUCAUCAAAUCUGUUGAGGUAUCCUUCUUAGACAAGGAAGAUUACAAAGCAGCCAUUCUUGAUAGGCAACCGUUUCGGCUUAAAAGGCGAACAGCAUAUAACAAAGCAUUUGAAAUGGUUCUGAAACUCAAUUUCGGUGAUGGCUGUGGCUGCUCGUCCCUUGAAAUUGAUGUUCCAGUUGAUUUCAAGGUGAAGUUUUUUCUCUCUCAUUUUCAUGGCAAAUACCAUUUCUUAUUCGAAAACUGCGCCGUCACUUUGGGUUCAACCGACUGCUUCAACUUCGAUAAGGAUUUCAUAUUCCAAAAGCUAAGAGAGAAGGCAGUUGUUGAAUCAAAAUGUGGUCAGAAUGAUGUUAUCGAGAGAAAGACCAUCUUGACACCAAGGGGUGAUGUCACCACAUAUGCCAUUGUAACCAAUCUUGUUCACCACAGCAAAACAAGUAAAUCAUCCCCUGAUUCUCGAAGUAACGGUGAUCUUAAAAGAAGAAAACCAAGCUUCAAUGGUACAGGAUCAUCUGGGAAGCGUUCAAAAGUGUCCAAAUGUAAAUCAAGAUCAUAGUAAUACUAGGGUUAGAUGUAGAUUUUAUUGUAUGUAUGGUAUAAAAAAAUAGAACUGACAGGAAUGAGAAAUUGUAAGAGACUGGGUGAAUUUUGUUAGAUAUGUUACACUCAGUCUUCCCAAAUGGUGCAUAUGAUUAACUGAAAAUGGUUUAUUGAUACUAACUAUAGUGGGUAUUGGUGCUGUUAUAAUAGUAAAUAUUUACCUUAGCAUC